AUGACAUCAAGCAUAGGGGAUGAUUGUAGCAUCUUUGAUGGGUUGAUGGAAGAAGAUGAAAAGGAUAAAGCAAAACGAGUGUCCCGUAACAAGUCUGAAAAGAAACGGAGAGACCAGUUCAAUGUCCUCAUCAAGGAACUUGGCACCAUGUUGCCUGGUAACACCAGGAAGAUGGACAAGUCCACUAUCCUGCAGAAAAGUAUCGACUUCCUGUGUAAACACAAAGAAAUUGCUGCCCAGUCUGAGUCCAGUGAGAUCAGGCAGGACUGGAAGCCGCCAUUUCUUAGCAAUGAGGAGUUCACCCAGCUCAUGUUGGAGGCUCUGGAUGGCUUCUUCAUAGCAAUAAUGACUGACGGCAAUAUUCUCUAUGUGUCAGAGAGUGUUACCUCAUUACUGGAGCAUCUUCCUGCGGACCUGGUGGACCAGAACUUGUUAAACUUUCUUCCAGUUGGUGAACACUCAGAAGUGUACAAAGCCCUGUCCACUCACCCCAAUGACACAGAAACCAUCACAUCAGAUUAUUUAAAGAGUAAGAAUUACAUGGAAUUCUGUUGUCAUAUGCUCCGAGGGUCAAUUGAUCCCAAAGAACCUCCUAUCUACGAAUAUGUGAGCUUCAUCGGAAAUUUCAAGUCAUUGAACAAUGUUCCUAAUGUGACCCGGAAUGGUCUGGCGGGGGUGUUACAGCGCUCUUUACAGCCAGCUUUUGACGACCAAGUGUGCUUCGUGGCUACUGUACGGCUUACUAAACCUCAGUUUAUCAAGGAAAUGUGUACAGUGGAAGAGCCUAAUGAAGAAUUUACCUCGAGGCACAGUUUGGAGUGGAAGUUUCUCUUUCUAGAUCACAGAGCUCCACCAAUUAUAGGCUACUUACCAUUUGAGGUUCUGGGAACUUCAGGGUACGACUAUUAUCAUGUGGACGACCUGGAGACGCUUGCUAAAUGCCACGAACACUUGAUGCAGUACGGUAAAGGGAAGUCUUGUUACUACCGUUUCCUGACUAAAGGUCAACAGUGGAUAUGGCUGCAGACGCACUACUAUAUCACCUACCACCAGUGGAACUCUCGACCUGAGUUUAUUGUCUGCACCCACACAGUAGUCAGCUAUGCAGAAGUGAGGGCUGAACAGAGAAGGGAGCUGGGCAUUGAAGAGUCCAAACCUGAGGUUACUAUGGACAAGAGCCAGGACUCUGGUUCCGAGCUGAACACAUCUAGCCUCAAGGAGGCAUUAGAAAGGUUUGAUCACAGCCGAACGCCCUCAACCUCUUCACGGAGUUCUCGCAAGUCCUCAUCGCACGUUUCGGACAACACUUGCACUUCCUCCAAGUUACAUAUGGAUACAGCGACACCUCCACGACAGUCCCUGGCUUCAACCAUGGAGGUGACAUCACAGCGUCGAUCAUCAAUAAGCAGCCAGUCAAUGAGCUCUCAGACUACUGGCCAGAGUGUGACUCCGAGUAUGAUUACUCAACAACAACAACAGCAGCAGCAGCAGGUGCAACAGCAGCAGCAACAGCAACAACAACAACAACAGCAGCAGCAGCAGCAGCAGCAGCAACAACAACAGCAGCAACAGCAACAACAACAACAACAACCGCAGCAAUUGUCAUCAAAUGUUCAGCCAGUGAUGGAAUUCUCAGCACAGGUGAAUGCUAUGCAGCAUCUGAAGGAGCAGCUGGAGCAAAGGACCAGAAUGAUACAGGCAAACAUUCAGCGGCAGCAGGAGGAGCUAAGAAACAUCCAAGAGCAGCUGCAGAGGGUCCAAGGGCAGGGUAUCCAGAUGUUAUUGCAGCAGCAGGGUGGCGCGAUGAAUGUGCAGAUCCCACAGGUAGCGUCAGUCCAACAGUCAAGCACUCUUAGCAACCAGGCCCCACAAACGGCAAUCAACCCUGUUCAUUCGGGAACCCAACAGCUUACCAUCCAGCAGCAGGCCCCUACUCAGCAAACCCUUCAGCAGCAGACUCAACGGCAGUCUCAGCAGGCCCCCCAGGCUCAGCCACAGGCCCAGAACUCUGUUCCAACUCAACUGUACAACACCAUGAUGAUCUCCCAGCCAGGCCAGCACAACGUGCUACAGAUCAGCACCAGUUUGCCGCAGAACAACACGCCGCAAGGGACCACUGUGGCUACUUUCACGCAGGACCGUCAGAUUCGUUUUCCAGCAGGGCAGCAGCUGGUGACCAAACUUGUGACAGCUCCAAUGGCAUGCGGUGCUGUCAUGGUGCCCACUUCCAUGUUUAUGGGCCAGGUGGUCACUGCAUACAACCCUUUUGGUGGGCAACAGCAGGGAGGACAAACCCAAACGCUGACUCUUCAACCAGCGCAACCUCCCCAGGGUCAGACUGAGAGCUCCAACCCAUCUACUGUCGUGGCGCAGAGCAGCCAACAAGGGCCGCAGCAACAACAGCAGCAGCAAUUCCUACAGGGCACUCGCCUUCUCCAUAGUAAUCAAUCAACCCAGCUCAUUCUGCAGGCAGCUUUUCCACUUCAGCAGCAGGGUACUUUUACUCAGACAUCUCAUCAACAACAGCAGCAGCAUCCACAACAACAACAACAACAAUCACAGCAAAGGCAACCACAACAACAACAGCAGCAGCAACAACAGCAACAGCAGCAGCAACAAUCCCACCACCAGAGGCAUCAGCAGCAACUCAAACCUCAGCCCCAGAAGCAGCAGAAAGCGCCGUCGUCACACAGGACGGACAGUGUCAGCAGCCAACCGCAGUAA